ACAGAAACGAGGAGCCACACCGCCAUUUGCAACAGCCAGCCAUAUAAAUCAGCAGCCCGCAAACUUGUUGGCUCUCUCUCUCUCUCUUCUCUCGCUCCCUUCCGAAACCGCCAAACUGAAUUCUUCCUAUUAUAAAAUAAACUUGGAAGGGUGCCAAAAACUUAAUCAGCCGUUUCAUCUCUGAAAAUGAUCUCUGCGCGCACUUCCAAUAAUCCUUCUUCCUCACUGAUUCCCCUCUCCUUGUGAAUCCCGAUUUCCAGAUCCCCCUAACGUUUAAACGCUACCAGUACUGAUUUUCGCGAUUCGAUUCUUCUCCUGUUUGUUUGUACUCCUUCCUGUACUAUUCACCAUGCUCGGGAACGCCUACUACGGGGAUCGGAAUCCGACUCCGGCGACGACGGCGGCCGCUCUUCUCCAGGAACAGAGGAUUCCACCGACUCUUCCUGCGCUCGAGCAGCAAGAAACGAUUUCAAUCGACGAUGACGAAAUCUUGAAUCCCGAUUCCGACUCCGACGAGUCGCCCGGAGCGCCGGUCCAUCGUGGCGGCGGGGGCCGGAUCGAGGCGUUCGCUCGCUGCGGGUUCUCUCCGCUACCAAAGGACACCGUGCACCACUCCACGAUCACGAAGUGCUUCCUCGACGGUCUGGGGCAGGCACGCGCCGCCGGCGUCACGGUCACGGCCGUUCACAGGAACUCAAUCUCCGUGCCGAGCGCCAAGGCGCGGUUCUUCUCGUUCCGGGUUCACGAGAAGGCGGUGGCAGAGAGGUGCGGCGGCGCCGGGAACGGCAACGCUCGGUACGCUUGGUACGGCGGAUCCAGGGACGAGAUCCGACAGAUUUUGAACUUCGGUUUCAGUCGGUGUACGGGCGGUGGCGGUCACGCGCUCGGUGGUGUCGGCGUCCAUCUCUCCGCAAUUUCAUUUCCCACGGAUUGUCUUUCUUUACACAGCUUGGAAUCCGCGGCCGCUGACCAGGAUGGAACGAAGCACUUGCUUCUCUGCCGCGUUCUGCUUGGGAAAGUGGAGAGGGUUCCCGCUGGCUCCAGCCAAUCAGCUCCAAGCUCCGUUGCUUACGAUACAGGGGUUGACGAUUUGACCAAGCCCAGAAGAUACGUUGUCUGGAGUUCGUUCAUGAACUCCCACAUAUUCCCAGCUUUCGUAGUUUCUUUCAAGGACCCUUCUAAUAAUGUCAAUGGGUUGAACAGUGACACGCCCGUUAGUUCCUCGAUGAGACCCAGAUCGCCAUGGAUGAGCUUCCCAGCUCUGUUGAGUGUUCUGUCAGGGAUUUUGGAUCCACGCAUCAUGUCCUUGGUUUCCAAGAGUUUUGUAGACUUUCAGCGGCAUAGGAUUAACAGGGAGCAAAUGAUAAGAAGAACAAGACAGCUUGUGGGGGAUGAACUGUUGUCUUCAGUGAUCAAAACUCACCAGAAGGAGCUGACGAGGGGAGUCGCGCGGCGGGCAUGAAGCGAUCACUGGAAAGCUAAGAUGGGAAGAUUACAAUUCACAAAGCAGUCAGCUUUUUUUAGCAAUUUGAUAUUGUGGGCGAUUGAGGGGGGGAGAAAGGCUUAUACUUUUAGAUUAGGUUUCUAAGCAAACACUUAACCACACAGAAAAGUAUCAUUGAAUGUUUCUAUAGUUAGUUGUAGGCACAGUUUGACUGUUGGUUUGUUUUUGUCCCACACAAACAUUGCUCACACCCAAAAGAUUGAAUAGAAAGGAAUUGGCUUUUACCCAUAUGCCACGUUUGAAGA